AUGAGAACAAGUCUUCAUGGAGGCAGCGCUUUCGGAAACGCUGGAAAACACCUAAAAGUUCCCCCCCCCCGAUCGAGCCGCCAUGCGGUAUCAGCGAGUACGCACCCAAAGGAGCCGAUAGCCACUCCUAGUCCUCGAGUACAGCCUGGUCCCGAGGAAGGAUUUGAGCCAGAGACGAAGAGUGACACCGCGAGCGUUCCACCCGAAGGUUCCGAACCCGUCUCUUUAUGGGAUGAAGCCUAUGUUCUUUUGAAGAAAGAGAAGCCCGAUCUUAUGUCAGAUUACGAGAGCCUCCUGUCCCGAGUAGCUGCCGAAGCUCGUCGACAGAAGCUACAGCAGAUUGCUAAGCUCAGCUUUGAAAAGAUGCAAGAGGGAAAACUCCACGCGACAUUUUUUGGAAAGAAAAUUGCGUUGCAAGAAGCAAUAGGAACGCUUGGUAAUGGCAUAAAUUGGGCUCAGACCUACGCCAAAGAUGCACUCAAGGAUGAGCAAGUGAAAGGGUUAUACAAACUUGUGAUCGACUACCAGGUACAGAGUGUGAUGAGGUUCGAUCGUAACCCCGCAAAGAACUACUUUCGGAGUGUGACUGACUAUGACGCUUGGAGCGAUCAGCUAAACACAAUCAAGGAGGAAGAGAAAACAAUCAAAAUGAGAUUUCAGGUGGCUCUAUCCGGGUUAGGUGUGCAGAAACUUAAUGACCUCGAAUUGGAAGCUGGGAAAUCACGCGAAACCCUUGAAGUGGUUGCCAAUUACACACGGAAAAUUGAGAAACAUCUGUCUGAUGCCGAGUACCGCCGUUGUCUAAACACACUAAAAGCUACGGAUCCUCAGCUAGACAAACAACGCAUCGAGAAGCUUAAGGGGGGCCUUCUCAGGGACUCGUAUAAUUGGGUGAUUGAAAACCAAGAAUUCAGAAGGUGGAUGGAUGCCAGCUCUGGAGAACUACUUUGGAUCAAAGGGGACCCUGGGAAGGGAAAAACAAUGUUGCUCUGUGGAAUCAUCGAUGAGCUCUCGCAAGUGGCUGCGCCUGGCACUAACAUUGCGUUCUUCUUUUGUCAAGCUAGCGUGGAAACCCUGGAUAAUUAUCCCGCAGUUCUUCGAGGUCUGAUAUCCAUGCUUGUCAAACAGCAGCCUUCUCUGAUGAGCCAUCUUUCUGAGGCUUCCUUUGACGGCCAUAACGCUUGGCUCGCGUUGCAGAAUACCUUAACGAACAUCCUCAAGGACCCAACGUUGCAGUCAACCUAUUUACUUAUUGAUGGACUUGACGAAUGCGUGAGAGACCGACAGAACCUUCUUGAUCUGCUUGUCGAACAUUCGUCCGCUCAUGAAAACAUCAAAUGGAUCGUCUCGAGCCGUAACUGGCCAGGAAUUGAGGAAGAUCUUCACCUGGCCAAGAAAAUAAAACUCCAUCUAGAGUUAAACGAAGCUGUUUUGUCAAAGGCCAUUCAAUCAUUUAUUGAAUACAGGGUCCAGAAAUUGGAGAACAGAAGCAACGGAUCAAAGGGGAAAACCGACAUUUGGAUAUCUGUCAAGGACCAUCUGGUUGAGAAUGCCAAUGGCACCUUUCUCUGGGUCGCAUUAGUGUGCGAGCAUCUUGCCAAAAUGUUUUACUGGGAGGUUCGGGAGAAGCUUAGAGACUUUCCCCCUCAUCUUGAGAAGAUUUAUGAGCGUAUGAUGAGCCAAAUUAUCGACUCAGACAAAUCUGAGAUUUGUAAGGCUAUUCUUGGCGUUACCACGACUGUUCUCCGCCCCAUCACCCUGGACGAGAUGAUGGUUUACGUUGAUAUUCCGGGUGAUGAUGCAAGGGCACUCGAGGAUCUAGUUGGGCUCUGUGGCUCUUUCUUGUCUGUCCAGGAAAGCACUAUUUUCUUGAUUCAUCAAUCCGCAAAAGACUUUAUCAUGGGAACGGCAUCGAGUGAGAUAUUUCCCCAUGGGAAAGACAUGGUACACUACGACCUCUUCUCCAGGUCGCUACACCUCCUACGGAAAAACUUACGACGCGAUAUCUAUAACUUACGUGAACCUGGCUAUCCUAUCCAACAGAUUCCAAUCCGGAACCCAGAUCCCCUGCGCACAGCACGCUAUGCAUGUGUCUACUGGGUUGACCACAUUGUUUCAUGCGGCAACAUCGAGGACAUCAAGAAAGCCAUUGCAGAAAAGGGCCUGGUGGAUUCAUUUCUACAGCAGAGCUAUCUUCAUUGGCUAGAGGCCAUGAGUAUCCUAAAGAGCAUUCCUAGUGGCAUCUCGUCCAUGCAAAAACUCGAAAAGUUCAUUCAGAAGUGGAUGAAUGCCGAACCAAAAUCCCUGGUACACCGAGUCAGAGAUGCCAUCCGAUUUGUCCAGUACACCAAGGUGGCCAUCGAAAGCAGUCCGCUUCAGGUUUACUAUUCAUCUCUCAUCUAUAGCCCCAUGCAAAGCAUCACAAGAGAAUGCUACGAUGACAGACAGAGCAUAAGAGAUUGGAUUCGGAAAGAACCCGUAGUGGAGAGCUGUUGGAGUCUAUGUCUUCAAACCCUAGAGGGUCAUACCGACGUGAUCUGCUCUCUCGCUUGGUCUCGGGAUGGAAGUCGACUCGCUUCAGGAGCAUACAGCUCCGCCAGAAUAUGGGAUCUAGAUACCAGCGAGUGCAGCCGGUUAUACUCGAUUUGUUGUUUAGCAUGGUCUCCAGAUGGAAGUCGCCUAGCAGCAGGGUCUUUGUAUCCGAUUGUCAAUGUGUGGGACACCCAAACAAGGGAUUGUGUGUUACGCAAGGGCCAUGCUUCACGUAUCACCUCGGUAGCCUGGUCAUCGGAUGGGUCCCGACUUGCAUCAGGGUCAACGGAUGAGACUAUCAGAAUCUGGGAUGUGCGUACUAUGGACUGCGUCUUUAUCCUUGAGGGCCAGUUUAGCGUGAUUCUUUGUUUAGCAUGGUCUCCAGAUGGAAGUCGCCUAGCAUCAGCGUCCAUGGAUGAUAAUAUCAAGAUAUGGGAUACAACAAGCCAAUUCAAGUCAAUCACCAGGGGCCAUGAUGAGAUUCUUGAAUCAAUUACUUGGUCUCACGAUGGAGUUCAGCUCGUAUCAUUAGCAGAAGAUAGAACCGUUCGGGUGCGGAAUACGACUACUGGUGGUCAACUAUCGAUUUUUCAAGGUCGCCCCAACAUUAGGCAUUGGCAUACCGACUAUAUUCAUAAACUUGUCUGGUCUCCAGAUGGAAAUCAGCUAGCAUCAGGAUCGGGUGAUGGAACCGUUCGGGUGUGGAAUCCAAUUACUGGUGAUCAGCUCUCAAUUUUCAGAGACCAUAUCAACGACAUUAGAGAUAUUGCCUGGUCUCCAGACGGAAGGCAACUCGCAUCAGCAUCAGCUGAUAGUACCAUUCGGGUGUGGAAUCCAACUACUGGUAAUCAGCUCUCAAUUUCCGGAGACCAUAUCAAGCGGAUUACAUAUAUUGCCUGGUCUCCUGAUGGAAGUCAACUUGCAUCAGUAGCUUUGAAUGGAACCGCUCAGGUGUGGAAUCCGACUACUGGUGAUCAGCUCUCGAUUUCCGGAGACGGUAUAAAGCGGGCUACAGAUAUUGCCUGGUCUCCUGACGGAAGUCAGCUUGCAUCAGUAGCUUUGAAUGGAACCGCUCAGGUGUGGAAACCGACUACUAGUGAUCAUCUCUCGAUUUCCGGAUACGGUAUCAAGCGGAUUACAGAUAUUGCCUGGUCUCCUGACGGAAGUCAACUUGCAUCAGUAGCUUUAAAUGGAACCGUUUGGGUGUGGAAUCUGACUACUGAGAAUCCGGCCUCUGGCCAGUGCAUCUCAAAGUUUCCUGUUCCAACCGGUGACCUCCUUCGGUUCGAUAGCAUCGACCCUAACUAUCUCCACACGACGCUUGGCACAUUCGAUAUGAGAGAUUUGAAACGUGCCUCAAGAGGCUCCAAUGACUCAAACCAUGUACCAAAGCCACAUGGGUAUGGCCUCAGCGAAGAUCUUUCCUGGAUAACAUAUGACGGAACUAAGGUCUUGUGGUUACCUCCUGACCAUCGACCGCAAAACUUGAGUGCAGUUGCUUUGUCAAACCUGGCUGUAGCCAUCGGCUGUGCAUCUGGUGCUCUUGAAAUACUUGAAUUCUCGACGCUAAAUCCUCUCUCAGAUCUUUGA